CAGGCACUUUUGGUUUUUCUUCCUGUCUGUUGGAAGAAUCUGGAACCCAGGGGGUUGAGAGAUUGGAGGGUAUCUGGCACAGGAAAGCGAGGAGGAUAUUAAAGGCCAGAGGCUAGUGGACCAGUACUCACAGUCUGGCGCAGCUCCUCGGAGUCUCUGCACCACAGCGCAAGUCUGCAACCUGAGGAGGUACUUCAGCAAUGGACCAGAAACGCAGAUUUCACACUGUUCUGUAUCUGGCGUUUUUAUUAUGGUGGCUUUUCUGUUCGCUUGCAGAUGGUGUGAAGAACAGGUGUGACAAGAAGACACUGGUGAUGACAAAAUCCGAGUGCCGUUCCUGCAUCCUCAGCGCAAAGGUAGACUGUCCAGAGGGGUACAAGAAGAUCUCUACAGGCAGUGGGAACCCAGACUGCAGGUACUUAUAUUCAGUGAAUAACUACAGCCUAUCGCUCCCAGGCUGUAGUCAUAUUUGCAUCAAAGAGGUUAUGGAGCCACAGUGCUGUCCUGGAUACUGGGGGACCGACUGCAUGGAAUGCCCGGAGAGAGCCGAGACACCCUGCAGUAACAGGGGGGUUUGCUCUGAUGGCCUGUCCGGCAAUGGAACCUGCAGCUGCUCGGUACGUCUUUCAGGACCCACUGUGUCCUCGAAUUUUCUUCGGCACGUUUUUAUUACCUGCAUCUUCUCCGCCAUCUUCUGUUUCACCUCGUCAGGUGUUUCUGUUUCACCUUACUUUCAGUAAGUGGUUCACAGUACCUAGAACACUGUA